UUGUUUUGUUAAAUAAUAGUAUCAAAAACCUUGAUGUAGUUUAUACGGUGACUGUUUCGUGUUAAUGACUGAAUAAUUACUUUUUCAAUGAAUUCAUUUGUUGAAUCGAAAAAUUUUUACAUUUAGCGAUACAUGGAUACAUGAAUGUAUGAGUGAUUGACAUUCUGGAAUUUAUAUCCAAUUCAUAUUAAUUGAACUGUAGUUUUCAGGGAGCGCAACAUCAUCGUAUCGUUAAUUCAACGGUUAGAAUGACAACCCGGGACCUGUUAUUUUUACAACCAGCAAACGAGCCGAACACUUUCGCGAAAGACGAUUUAUUGCCAAACCUGCCAUUGCCUGGACUGAGCGAAACACUAGAGCGAUAUUAUGAAUCGUUGAAACCAUUCGGUAAUGCCGAGGAAUUGGCCAAUUCCCAGAGCAUCAUAGAAAAGUUCAAAAAUGGAAUUGGACAGAAAUUGCAUUCAGUUUUGCUGGAACGAACGAAAAAUCAUCGGAACUGGGUCGAAAAAUGGUGGGAAGAUUAUGCAUACUGUACAGAUCGUACUCCAAUUUUACCCCUAUCAGCAAUGGCAGCCGUUUUUUUAAUUGAAGCAACAGGCAUUGAAAUAUCGCCUCAAUAUCGUUUGAAGGGAGCUGCACGACUAGUAUACAGUUGUUUGGAACAUUUCGAACUCAUCCGUACCGAACGUAUGAAGCCCACAUCAACACCAGAUGGUUCCAUAACAUUUUCAAUGGCCCUUUACCGGCGACUAUACAAUAGCUUCCGGAUGCCGGGCGACCAAAUGGAUUCGAUCCAAUGUCAUUUUAAAACGGCAAGCGAAGGAGAUGCUCCGAAAAACAUUAUCGUCAUCGGGAAGGGACGAAUAUUUUCGGUUAAUUUCUAUUGCAAUGAUGGCUCUAUCAUGAGUCAUAGCCAAAUCUUAGCGAUCCUGACGGAAAUAGCUAAUAUCAUUGAUCUAUCCGAUGUUGACGUACCCAUUCCAGUUUUGACUUGUGAUGAUCGUAGUUCCUGGGCUAGUAAUCGUAAAUAUCUAAUGGAACUGUCGCCGAACAAUGCAAAGCUUAUGAAAAUGAUUGAGGAGUCAAUCACUGUACUGACCUUGGAUGAACACAGUCCGGAAAAUUGGAAUGACAUUGCACUGCACACAAUCAGCGGAGAUCUGCACUCAAAAUGGGCCGAUAAAAGCUGUUCCAUAGUAGCGUUUCGGAGUGGCCGAUUUGGGUCCAUUGGAGAUCAUAGCUGCUAUGAUGGCACGGUGUCUGUUGCCUCGAUGAUGUUUCAUAUUUUGACCUUUUCGGAAUAUCCGGAACCAGAUUGGAAUGGUGGCUCGCUGAAUGUGGGAAAUUGUGUAACCGAACUCUGUUUCGACGUUGAUGAGCACAUCAAAAGCGAAGUGGAACGCGCUACUUCUUUCGUCGAGCAAACUGGUACCAGUGUAAUUGUAUCGACAACGUGCUUCAGUGGAUAUGGGAAAAAUUUUAUGAAAAGUGUUAAGUUGCACCCUGACGCAUACAUUCAAAUGAUUAUCCAAGCUGUCUACUACAAAAUGCAUUCUGAAAUCGUUGCCACAUAUGAAACAGCCCUGAUGCGAAGCUACUAUAACGGUCGCACGGAAACAUUACGAUCCGUACAAUGUGCAACAGUGGAUUGGGUUCGAACGUUCCUGAACGCAUCGGAGAAUGACGGCACUAAAUUGAGAAAAUUGAGACAAGCAGUCGAUGCGCACAAUAAGUUAAUGGCAAAUGCCCGUGACGGGAAUGGCAUCGAUAGGCAUUUAUUCGGUCUCUGGUGUGCGGCGUAUGAGGAGGAUAUUGACAUUCCGGAGCUGUACGAUGAUCCCCUGUACAAAAAGAGCGGUGGCGGUGGUAAUUUCGUUUUAUCAACCAGUACAUUGGGAUAUUCUAUAAAUAAUGGAUUCGUUGCGCCGAUGGUAAAAGAUGGAUACGGACUGUUUUAUAGCAUGACCAGCGAAACCGUUUGGCUUCAUGUUACAGCCAAGAGAGACAGUACGAAGACAAGCGCUCACAAGUUCGCUAGAACUUUUGAUGAAACAUUGGUGGAGGUGCAAGAUAUGAUAGGUAGAGCUGUCAGCUCGAAAAUGUGAUUUAAUUUUUAAAGCAAAGAUAAUCUGCUCCAACUACUUGGAAGUAUUUAUUUAAGUAUCUAGCCGUUUUAACUAUAUAAUGGACACAGUCCCACUUUCGGAUGCUAUGGAAGUUUUUGUUUUAUAUACUUAUAUGAGAAAUAAAUCUGCUACACGAAAAAUGG